AUGGCCACGAUAGUCCAAAAUUAUGCUCCUGACAUCUCUUUCCUGGGAGGUGAUACCCACCCCUAUGAAAGAACAGAAGGUUACACACAUCCAUACGCAUAUUCCAUCACAGUAGACUAUUAUGGCCCUUCAGAUCCUCCUCUCAUCGCGCCUGCCCCUCAAAGGACUUAUUUCACCACGAAAACAGACGCAACGGGGAUAAUCGAAGAGUCCAUCUUGCCUGUCAGUGCCGAUUUGGAUGUCGGGGAUGAGAAUGAUGGUUUGGAUCAGCAAAGUUCCGGAGGUGAUAGAUCUACUACAACAAGUGAUUUUGACCUUCAAGAAUACGACUCUGACAACUCUUCCGGCCCUAUACAACACGAAGACUGGAAGCGUCAAAUCCCACAGUCGUCGGAGCAAGACAAAUCUUCGGAUCAGCCCGUCAUGGGAUUUUCGGCUAUACCUCAAGGUCCAGUAUUUGACGCUCCUGAGAUUUUACCGGAAUCCUCUGGCUCAAGUGGUUUCUCUUUCGAAUAUCGGCCUGAAGAUUUCGACAGGGCUCAUUCGGAUGACAAUAACCCAGACAAAAGGUUAGACCAUGAGAGCGAUCAUAAUAAAUGGGAAGAAUUUCCUCACGAUUUUCUCAAUCACUCUAAUUCUACCAGUGAUGACUUUAUCCCUUAUCAAUUAAGUCCUACGCAGACCGGAAAUAUCAAUGCGAAUCCCCGUCCGAUCGGACUAACCAGAGUGGAGACACAUGAUGAAACGACAAAUGUCUCGAGUGAAGAAAUUCCUAUAUCAUCCGCGUCCGACUCUUCACCCUCUCAAACUCAAGUGACAAAUGAAGAAUACUCAAAACGAUUUGCACCAAUCACCACCAUGGAUGAUAUUUUGCAAAAAUACAGGAUAAAAGAUGAUUUUACAUUCUCUGACACAUCCGAUCAUCGUCCCCUUUCCAAGCUCGGAUUGUUGAACAGAGCACACUCCAACAUCUCCACAAUCUUCAAAAACAACUUCACGCACAAAGCGAGAUCAGUAGGAGAUCUCUUAUCUGCUCCAAGAGGACCGUACGGGCCGAGUCAGACUGCAAUUUUCGAUGAGGUUAGUACGGAUAGUUCUUUGAGAGAAGGGAAUCUCAGUCGAGGUUUUGGUCCAGGAGAAGAUUAUCAACAUGCUUCAGAUUACCGAUCUGGUAUCUCUCAGCUGUAUAGUAGGUAUCAAACGACAGGACAAGAUCCUACGACAUUCACCCCUGUACGGGAUCAAACAAUGUAUCAAAGUCGCAGUCACUUAACUCAAUAUCGACCAAUGACAGGUAUGAGAGGUCCUGUGAGAUCUCGGAAAAAGUCAUUUUUCAGUUAUACGAAAAGUAAGGGAAGAUCAAUGUUGAAAAGGAUGAAAUCUUGGAGGAUACCAAAUGAUUCCGAUUCAGGAUCAUCAUUUUCAACUAUAACUUCUUCUUUAGAUCCCGAUCCUAGGAAAAGAGGUUUGAGAGGAAAAUGGCAUCAAUGGCUGGAUGAUCGGAAAAGUCAAGCCGGUUGA